AAAGCGCAUGAAGUGCUGAAGAAAGCUUGGGAUGUUGAGGGGUCUCCUUUCAAAGGUCAAGAAUAUGACCCUUCUGUCCUCAACAUCGCAACAAGCUAACAUAGCAAGAGACUGUUUGAUCGCAGUCAUCAGGAUAGUGCAAUAAUGAGUGUCAUUGAAAGAUAGUUUUAACACUAAUAAGUAAGAAGUGAGCUAUACUAUGGAAGGAAGCAACAGUCAGCUUGGAGUGAGUAUAUUAUACGUGACUUGAACUCUGUUAACUUAAUUCAGCCAGAAGAGAUCAACAAGCUUCAACAAUUCGUCGCUAGCUGUGAAGAUGGAAAUACCUGGGUAACUUUUCUGGGUUGAGCAAUUUUUAGCCAGGCUUGUAUCAACCCCAUCUAGUUCAGACUACCAAUUCAUCAACCAGCCUUGACGCUUUAGUCAGACCAUACCCUCAAGUUACGCAAGCUACAUAGGCAGAAACUAUUAAUUAUUUAAUGAAGGACGAAAAUAAAGCAACUAACUAUUUACCAUGGUUACUAACUCUCGUAAUUAUUGGAACUUGGACCGUAUCCUCAAGUUACGCAAGCUACAUAGGCAGAAACUAUUAAUUAGUUAAUGAAUGGCGAAGUUAAAGCAACUAACUAUUUUCCAUGGUCACUACCGUAAUUCUCGUAUUAUUGGAACUUAUACUUUAAAAUUGUAUAUUCUUGUUGAGCUAAAAAUAUUGAAUAAUUUCUGAAUUCUUAAAGCUACAGGCUCCGGAGGAAAAUUUAGUUUUGAUACGUUGUAGAUCUGAUUUUUCUAAGACACUAAAAGCAUAUUUGAUGAAAAACUUAGAAGCGGUUAAUGAUAUACUGAUUUUUUAAUAUUUAGGAACUGGGGGAAAAGUUGGAAAAAAGGAGGUUCUGAGUUUUUUUCCCUCGCCCUGAUAAUAUGGAUAAAUAAAUUAUUGCUACUUUUACCUUUUUUCUGAGGUACAUUAAGCUAUUUAAUUAAAACAUUGGCACUGCUUUUUUGUUAUGUUAAUUCUCAAAAUCUUAGUAGUAAUCUUGUAGUCUUUGUCAAUUGACAAAGACUAGUAGCCGAAAUAUUCGCCAAAUAAAUUUUAGUGUUUCUAAAGUCAA